AUGAUUGAUGAUGAUGAUAAGCUAGUAUUGGGGCAGAAAAAGACUGAGGAAAAUAAUGGUACAAAGAAAAUAGAGGUAGAAGGACCUCACCCUUUGCCACAUGUUCGCAAGCUACUGCCUUUAUUUCCCUAUAGAUUGAAGAAAAAAGCCAAGGAUGGAAAGUUUCUGAAGUUUAUUUCAAUACUUAAGGAAAUAUCGAUCAACAUCCCACUGGUGGAAGCGCUAGAGAAAAUGCCAGGUUAUGCCAAGUUCAUAAAAGAUUUGGUUACAAAGAAGAGGACAGUUUCUUUUGAGCCAAUCGAUAAUUUACAUCACUGUAGCGCCAUUGCUACAAGAUCAUUGGUGGAAAAGAAAGAAGUUCCAGGAACAUUCACCAUACCUUGCACCAUUGGUGCUUUUGAUUUUGCAAGGGGGUACAACGAAUCUGCAAAUGCUUUGCAGGGUGUAGGUUCACACUCAUACGCCCCCAAGAAACUUGAUCUUGACUUAAAGAAUAGGCGGAAUCCACCUGUUAAACCAUCUAUAGAGGAGCCACCUGUACUUGAGCUUAAAGAAUUGGUUGUCCAUGCUUGGUACUUCUGUGAUGAUCCAUACUUAUUCAGGAUGUGUGCCAAUAAUGUAAUCAGGAGGUGUAUCCAAGAAGCAGAAAUGUUAUGCAUUUUGGAGGCCUGCCACUCAUCACAGGUAGGUGGACACCAUAGUAGGAGCCGUACAGCACAAAAGAUACUACAAUGUGGAUACUACUGUUCUACUAUCUACAAAGAUGCACAUGACUUGGUGAAUAGUUAUGACCAGUGCCAAAGGCAGGGGAACAUAUAUAGGUGUCAAGAGCUACCUAUCAUACCAAUUCUGGAAGUAGAGUUGUUUGAUGUAUGGGGCAUCGAUUUCAUGGUUACGUUUAUAAGCUCAUAUAGGAUGAAAUACAUUCUGGUAGAGGUUGAUUAUGUCUCAAAAUGGGUGGAAGCUGUCGCUUUACCAGAUAAUGAGAGUAAGAGUGUUUCUUGUUUUCUGCGGAGAAAUAUUUUUUCCAGGUUUGGGACUCCUAGGGCUAUCAUCAGUGAUGGGGAAUCCCAUUUCUGCAAUAAGAUCUUCCAGACUCUACUGAAAAAACAUGGUGUUAGACAACACAAGGUAGCCACUCCAUAUCAUCCUCAGUCUAGUGGGAAUGUUGAAGUGUCAAACUAA